CGAGGCGAGGAAUGCACCAUGAAUGUAUUGUUAAAAAUUUAAUGUAUUUAAUGAAACUGGAUGGUGUUCGGAUUAUUUGAGAAUCGUACUAUAUCAACGUGACGGUUGGAUAAUAUUUUUCUUGGAUUUAAAACAAAGGAAUAGUGAAGUUAUUUUGAGUGAAAUGUGUGAAUAGUAAGUCUGUUCAUAAGAAAGGACCGAGUCGACUCGUACAUCAUUUAGACAGGCAUAUUUCGUAAGUAUCAGUUGUGAACAAAUCGGUGCUGUUUUUACAAACAUUGGAAUGGGUUUUAUUUUUUGAACUGAUCAGAUCACGUAGAUCUAUAAAUAACGAUCGAAAACUUUAUUUAAUAAGUUAAAAUACAAAGCGCAUGGUUUUACAUUAAACCAAGAAACUAUGUGUAUUGUAAUGUAUGACGUGUUGACUAAUUUGAUCAAAAGUCGACCGUUUAAAACAUAUCAUUUAUAAAAAUCGGUUAGUUAUAAUAGGGUAUUUUUAACAACAAAAAAUGAAUAAUGAAUUGUUUAGGAAUUGAUUAUUUCAUAGUUAAAGAUAUGUUCUUGUCAAGUUUUGAAUGUGGUUAAGUGUUUAUUUACAAGAAAAACAUUUUCCGAACGUUCAGAAGGAAUUAAAAAAACAACAUAGUAGAUCUAUUGUAAUAGGAGUUUAUUUUGGAAUUUUAACAUAUUCGUGACAUGUGCAUAUAUAUAUAGACUUGUAUAAAUUUAAGUGAUUAGGAAUAAAACAUCACCCCGAUUCGAACAUCCGACCUAAAUGCACAGGGGCCGUUUAUUUGUGCCAUUGGGAGAGCCAAGGACCCUGUCAACGCUAUGUUUGGUGCCGGACUAAAGGGUGACAGCGUGCUUAAAUCAUGUGACACCAAUGAUUGGACUAACAAAUGUCCGGGAUAUAAUGUUUUCAAAUGCCGGGGCUCCACGACGAAAUAAGGUUUCAUUUAUUGCUUUGUUGGUAGUGUUUUGUCUUGGAAUAGCUAAAAACUGUACAGCCAUCCCCCUAGAAGACUUCUACCCGUUCAACAUCACCGGUGGGGAUAAUAAGACACGGUUUGAGGACGAUGGUGGCACAGAUCUGAUGCAGCUUCCAGUUCCUUUUCCAUUCUUCAAUUAUACAUAUUCAAGUUUUUACGUUAAUAACAACGGUAUCAUAACAUUUCGGAAAGAGUUGAAAACAUACAAGCCCGUGAACUUCAACACGAAGGAAUUUAAAGAAGAAACACCUAUUGUUGCCCCAUUUUGGGCUGACGUGGACAUAGAAAACUUCAGAGACGUUAAUUUAGGUGAAUGCGUUGUGUUUCGUGUUACAGACGACACUGAGUUAUUGAACAAUAUUACCGAAGACGUUCGGGAACAUUUCACUGGACAAAACAAUUUUUCUGCGAAACUAAUGAUCAUUGUGACUUGGUAUAACGUUGGAUUUUACGGGGCUGCUAGAGAAGGAAAAUACAAAAGAAACACAUUUCAAGCUGUGUUGGCAACAAACGGGGUAAAGUCAUUCGCUGUCUUUAAUUACAACAAUAUUACUUGGACAACAGGAUCGAACAGCGGUGGUGAAACAAACACAGGAUUGUCAGGCGAAGCUCCAGCCGUUGUCGGGUUUUCCUCAGGAGAUCUGGAACAGUAUUAUUUAUACGAAGACUCCGGUACGGACAGAAUUGUCAAUAUUAGCGAGAAAAGCAACAUUGGUGUACCCGGAAAAUUCAUAUUCCGUCUUGACGGCCAAGUUGAUGAUCAUAGCUGCUUUAAUAGUGGGAAAAUUCGCAUAUUUCCAUCUUCGGUGUCAAUGCUGGGCAGGGAAGCAAUAAGAGUUACGGGACCUUGUCUGACCUCAGAAAGCAACGUCACUGCACGCAUCAAAGAAUUAAAUCUAACGCUGACCUGUCAUGUGAUACCGGACUUAUCAGCAGUUUGUGUGACACCAACAUUAUUUAAAACAGGAGAUUUUACUUUUGAUUUUUUCCCAAACGGUGAAGAAGGCUUGCACUACUCAACGACUAUCAGUAGUGGUAACAUUAUGAACAUACAGCCUAAAAUUGUACGGCAAAAAGUCUCAAAAUGGGACUUGGGUACCAAAGUUUCUGUACAGUGGGAGCAUAAUUCUGCCCCUAGUCAUAAAGCAAAAACACUGGAAGUUCUAGCUUAUACGUUGAUGGAGAACAAGCCAUUGUUUGUUACUUUACAAAAUUAUAGUGAAAUUCUUACACAGACAUUUAGUUUUAAAUUAGUGUCUGAUGAACAAUUACAAACACUGACAGAAAAGUUUAAUAUAUCCUCGGGAAUCAGUACUCUAGUCAUGAGGCUCUGUUGGAUGGAUGCAAAUCAUCCUAACAUAUUGCCAGUUUGUAUUUGGUCAGAUGUGUUUCCGGUUCGGUGGAAGAGUUCAGAUUCGAAACAUUCUGAAGAAUGGUGUACAAAGUGGUUGAAUGAUAAUGAACAAUCUAGAAUUGUAGAAAGCCCGCCUAGUUGCCCGUGCAUCGCAUCAAAGGCGGAAAUAGACUCUGGACAUUUUCAGAGGGACCCAUUCUGUGAUAUAAACAAAUCUAGUGCAAAAAUAAAUACAAACUGUGAAUAUAACCCUAAUGCUCAUAAGUGCUAUACAAGUAAUUUGAAACGUGAUGGAAGUGGAAAGACAUGUUGUUAUAACGAUAAGGGCAAACUGUUGGAUGUGCGCGAGAAUCCGGGGGCUGGCAUUAACCAGCGGUACCACUAUAGAGCUCAGGGCGACACCAUAGUGCCUUUCUUUUCUUACUUCCAGUCAGAUCUGCUACCCAGAUUGCAUUGCUGUCUGUAUUCUAAUACAAACUGUCGACGGUUUGUUGAUUAUAGGCCUGCAACAUCGUGCCAAGGUUAUACACCAUCUAGUCCAGCCCAGGCCGCGGGCGAUCCUCAUCUUGUGACCCUGGAUGGCAAGGAUUAUUCUUUCAACGGGGUUGGUGAUUAUUAUCUAGUCACUGAUGUUAACUCAACUAUUGUGAUACAGGUCAGGGCGGAGCCAGCAAAAGACAAAAAUGGUGAUCUACAAAACGCUACAGUAUUCAGCAAUAUUGCCGUGGCCAUGCCACAAGUCAGUGAUGUCAUAGAAGUGAGAAAAUCCGAGGAAGGUGCCGAGGUCCUUGUAAAUAAAGUACCCAUAACUCCAACCCAAUCUACUACCUCACAGUUUAAAGAUAUUUCACUAUUACAUAACGACGAUGGCAGUUACCUAAUUGUGCUGGAACCAAUCAGUGUUUCUGUUACAGUCGAGGUCACGCCAGAUCUUCUUAACAUCAUUGUCCUCAUUGGCGAGGAUUCAUUAAAAGGGAACUUGCUCGGAUUGUUGGGAAACUAUAAUGGCGACCCUAACGAUGACUUUGUUUCUAGAAAUGGGACAGUAUUAGCGUCAACCUCCUCCAUGAAAACCAUUCACUUUGAUUUUGGACUAACUUGGGAAGUAACUCGGGCAGAGUCUAUUUUAACAUCACCAACUGAGAAACAGUGGGAUGAAACCUCUUUCCAAACUAUCUUUCCUGAUGAACUUAAAGACCAGGAUUACAGAAAUGGUACAUAUGAUAUUUGCGGAACAAAUAAACAAUGUGCCUUUGAUUUACUCGUCACAAAUAAAGAAUCAGUGGCAAAAAGUACGGCAUCAUUCACAAAUAAAUUUGAAGCCAUGAGACAAACGCUGGAUGAGAUAGUUGUACGCUGUCCGUACCUUGAGAUACCUACAAACGGAAACAAGACACAAACUGAUGACUCGGAGGGAGCUAUAGCUACGUUUACAUGCGACCCUGGUUAUACGAUGACUGGAACAGCGACGCGUGUUUGUCAGAAAAACAACACAUGGACAGGUUCUGACGUAAUGUGUGCCAAAAAAAUCACAGAUUACGGUGAUGAAUAUUCAAAUAGCAUCAUAAUAAUUGCUACAGUGUCGGCGUCAGGUGGCGUAGUGUUGAUACUUAUCGUCAGUGUUGCUGUGUAUUGUAUGAGAAGGCGGAGGAAGUCAGUCGUUAAAAGCCUCUCUGACACAAUUGAAAUGUCAGAGUUCAGUAACAUUCCAGUGUUUCAAAAUCCUGCAUUUAUGAAAAAAUUACAAGAGACCGUUGCAGAAGGACCAUUUAGGAUACCCCGACCGAAAUAUGCCGACCCGAGCAUAUUCGUAGAUUAUUUCUGAAACAGAUCAAUCGUACGGAGAAAAGGAAAAUUACUUUCAUUUGUAAGUGCUACUAAUAGGGGCAAAUUGAAACUUCACAAGUUUACUUUAGAUGGCAUGACUUGAAGUAUGUGAAUCAAACAUUGCUCUGGACAGAGGUGUGCUAAUUUUUUAGAUUUUUCAGACGAUGGAAUAUAUAAUCAAGGAAAUUAUUAAUAAAUAACGUCUGUAAAAGUUGUUGGAAAAAUGCAAAGAGGAGUUUUAAUAUAUAAAACUAGAUUAUAGACUUAAAAUCGGCCUCUGAACUGAAGGUGUAUAUGUUGAGUGAUUGAACAUGAUGAGAUUAUGGUGAUAUGAAAACAUUUUGGUGCUUUUAAAGUCUCAUUAGGGUGAUUAAAUGAUGUUUUAUGGUGAUUUAAAAGUGCCAUUUGAAAAAAAAGAAUGCAUUUGGGUGAUUUGAUUUUCAGAUUUCAACAAUAGAAAAAAUGAAUUGCAUCCAUUGGUAAAAUAGUAAAUUUUAAAGGGAUUUAUAUGAAGAUGUGAAACAAAUAUAGACGCUGAAGUUAUCUCGAAGUGCUGUUAUUUGUUUAUUUGAGAGGUAACUUGACCUGAAAUUAUUGAAGUGCGAAUAACCAUUAAUAUAUAUCAGUGGAAGAUUACAAUUUCAACUUAUUCAUGUGCUUUUGGAUGAAUGAAAAUCUCAUUUAUAAAAAUGGCACGAUGAUAGAUUCACGUUUCUUGACAAGUUGGAUGGAUUAUGCUACGCAAUUUUGAAACCAGUUUGAAAAUGUACCAAACAAAGUUAACUGUGGUGAAAA